ACUAAAUAUUGUCCAACAUUUCUAUAGUCAAUUUUGUGAUUUUUUGUUGUUGUCUCUGAACAGGUUAUGGAAAUGCAGGUGUGACCUCGAACAAGAGCUUUCAAUUUCAUUAUGCCUCCGAAAAGAUCCAGAGGGAAGCUUCCUCAGAUAUCUAGUCACAAAAGAUGCCUGAAGGGUCAGUGGAAGUUGGAAGACCAGCAGAAGAGCCAGCUUUUGGCAGAAGAGAAAGGGAGAGCAGGGACCCCCAAUAAAAGGGCCAGGAAGCGAAAGGGCGCCACUGCCCCCCAGAGGAGUUACUCGGGAGAGAAUCCUAACAUCUGUACGGAGUGCGGGCAAACCUUUGCCCAGGGUUUAGAGCUGAUGAGCCAUCAGAGAAUCCACGCAGGAGAAAAGCCGUACAAGUGCUCUGACUGUGGGAAAGCGUUUCGCGUCAGUUCCAACCUGAGCAGGCACCAGAGGAUUCACACAGGAGAGAAGCCAUGCCUUUGCUCAGUGUGUGGGAAAAGUUUCACAGACAAGUCGACUCUGGAUCAACAUCUGCGAGCCCACACAGGAGAGAAACCCUACCAGUGUAUCGAUUGCGGGAAAACAUUCAGCCGUAGUUCCCAUCACAAGCGGCAUCUCAGGAGCCCCCCUGGGAAAUGGCAGAGCAAUUGCGCUGCCUUGGAGGCCACUGCGGUCACCAAUCCCACCAGCUCGGCUCCUGCCCGUGCUCAAAGGGCCAGAGCUUCCAAGAAGCAAGUCUCUCCCUUUGAAAUCCCCCACACGUGUGCGGAAUGCUGGCAGAGCUUCAGCCAGACCUCGGACCUGGUCAAGCACAUGCGCAUCCACACGGGCGAGAAGCCCUACGCGUGCAACCACUGUGGCAAGCGCUUCAACGUCAGCUCCAACCUCAUCCGGCACAAGAGGAUCCACACAGGGGAGAAGCCCUACGCCUGCCCCGUCUGUGGGAAGAGCUUCACCGACAAAUCCACCCUCACCCAGCAUAACCGCAUCCACACGGGAGAGAAACCGUACACCUGUAGCUACUGCGGGAAAAGCUUCAGCCGGAGCUCCCACCACAAGAGGCACCAGCGGAUCCACGCGGGAGAAAAUCCGGUCUCUCUUCUGCCCCUGUGGCCUUAUCCUAACCAAAUGUACUGAGAGCCACUCUCCUGGGCGAGGCAGAAUUUCUACUAGACCGCUGACGGUUCAACUUUGGUUUCACACCUGCAUGCAGGUAUUUGGAUCCAAAGCAGGAAAGGUGUUUCAGAUCUGGUGGGGGCACACUCACUCUACCUGUCAGUGGCUCUUUCAAGAAAAGUGAGACCUAGAAAAGGUGUAGCUCCUUUAAGAUACUGCUGACAGGCAUGCCACAACAGACCUAAAACACUUUUCCCAUUUUUGAUAGGAAUGUUGUACAGG